AUGGCGUCCUACGAAUCGAGGCCUCGCCCCGUCAACCCUUCCCAGGUUAGACGGAGGCCCAAGUCCCUUGUCGUUGGAUCUCAAGAAGCUGGAUUGAUUGCGCCGUCGCUGGAGAUCCAUGGCCAUUCGCGCUCAGAGAGCGCGGCCUUGAGCCGUGGCCAGCUCACGAAACCGGAGGGCGCUUCCUUCCGCGGAAUACUACGACGUGCGUCCACCUCACUGCGAGUCAAGUUCCACCGUCGCCCUACGCUAUCGAGCAACCCUGUUUUCGAGGAACAGCUGCCCGAGGCGCGGCCAACCACAGCCCAUGCUACAUGGCACCGGUUACGGCAGGCCGCGAGCUUCCGGCAAAAUAGGCCGUCUUAUGGCGAAUCCAGCGACACAUCCCAGCGCGACCUGGACCAAAUCAUAGAAUCCAUGGCCACUCUUCCCGUACCGAGCAUCGGCGCCUCGGUCGCGGAAUAUCUCUACAACUCCGGAUCCGGCUCUAGCGACCUAGAGUCUGGGUCCUACAGCGUACGCAAUAAGUGGCUUUCCCAUGUUCCGGGCGAAGAAUGUGGAAAUGACCGCGAGAGUGGUAUCGGGAUCACUGUUGGCGGGUCCGUUUCCGACGCCGACCUUUCCGAGUCCAAACGCGCCUCCAUGCAAGCGCAAGAGGGCACCAUCAGCCGGAUCGACUUCGUCACACAGCUUCCCGCGGAGCUUGCCAUUCAAAUACUAUCGCUGCUCGACGCUCCCGGUCUCCUUACCGCUAGUCAGUCCUUCCUGCGCGAGAAGACGGCAACCAUCUAUUGUCUUCAGUUCGACGAGUUCAAGAUCAUUACUGGUUCAAGGGAUAAGACGAUACGAAUAUGGGACAUGCACACGUAUCAGUGCAAACUUGUCAUCGGGCCUCCCGAGGUGCUGAGUGACAUAUCCAUCCUCAUCGACGAGGACAAGCAACCGGCCCAUUAUGCCACGCUGUCGAAUAAUCAGCGCGUGGCCCAUUCGAUGCCUGCGCUUGUCUCGUUUCCAAUCCACCAUAAAGCCUCGGUUCUCUGUCUACAAUACGACGAUAAAAUCCUAGUCACGGGCUCCUCUGACGCAAGCUGCAUCGUGUACAAGGUGAACUCGGGAUACCGACCCAUUCGGCGUCUCCGACAUCACACCGCCGCCGUGCUCGACCUUGUGUUUGAUGAGAAACACAUCGUAACGUGCAGCAAGGAUAUCAGCAUCUGCGUGUGGGACCGGGAGACGGGCGCGCUACUGCGGAGGCUCAAGGGCCACGCGGGCCCCGUCAAUGCGGUUCAGAUGCGGGGCAAUACCAUUGUGUCCUGUUCUGGAGACUUCCGCGUGAAGCUGUGGAAUAUCGAUACUGGCAAGAAUAUUCGCGAGUUUGCUGGCCAUACAAAGGGUCUCGCUUGCUCGCAGUUCUCCGAAGACGGACGUUAUAUCGCGUCUGCCGGCAACGACAAGGUCAUCCGCAUCUGGGACGCCAAUACCGGCGAGUGUCUACGAGAGAUGAAGGCGCACGACGGCCUCGUGCGAAGCCUCCACAUUGACAGCGUAAGCGGAAGGCUCAUCAGCGGCAGUUACGACACGAAUAUCAAAGUAUUCGACAUGGAUACGGGUGCCAGCUCCUUGACUUUCCUAAGUGGCAUGCGAGCUGGGUUCUCAGCGCGAAGAGCGACUAUCGGAGGAUUGUGA